GCCAACUGACAUUUACUCCUGAGGUGCUGACUUGUUGCACCCUCAACAACUACUGUGACUAUUAUUAUUUGACCCUGCUGGUCAUUUAUGAACAUUUGAACAUCUUGGCCAUGUUCUGUUAUAAUCUCCACCCGGCACAGUCAGAAGAGGACUGGCCACCCCUCAUAGCCUGGUUCCUCUCUAGGUUUCUUCCUAGGUUUUGAACAGGGCAUAAAUGUCAUAUUUUGGCAUGCAAGCAUGUUUUGUUGACAUAAACUGACAUGCCUUCUUAUGUCAGUCAGACCAGAGCAUGGGGGGGGUAGUUAACAAACUGGAUUAGCCUACAAAUUGCUUUAAAAUCCAACAUGGCAUGAAGGAAUUUUUUUAUCGACAUGAAUUAGAUUGAGCAAUAAAAGAGCCACUUUUAUUUCAUAGGCUGGGAUCCGCACUAUGCAGCUGUUGCAAGAGCACAUUUUUCACUGGCUGUCCACUGGUUGAAAAAACAAUGAUCAAUAGGCAUCCUCCAAGCGUUUAUUGAAGUUUGAUAAUAUUUGGAUGCCAACAGCAGUCGCACCAUUGGAAGAUAUAGCUUGGACUGUAGCCUACAAAAAAGCCUAUUCCUGCUCUUUUCCAGUGAUCCAUCAAACACAUUUGGUGUGUCAUAGUGGUCUUUGACUUGUGGUUAGACUCGCUCAUGUGGAACAAACUUCAACUUUUUUUUCAAUGCUGAUUUGAAUGUAAUUGAGAACAGAGAAGUGUCAGUCUAUGGAAGGGGGUGAGAACCAUGAGCCUCCUAGGUUUUGUAUUGAAGUCAAUGUAGCCAGAGGAGGAUGGAAAAUAGCUGUCCUCCGUCGACAGUGGCGUUACCGUACAGAGUGCUGUUGAGGCUACUGUAGACCUUCAUUGCAAAACAGAGUGUUUUAAUAAAUUAUUUGGUGAUGUGAAUAUAUUUACUAUAGUUUUAUCUAAAAAGUGUAACUUUUUUUAAUGUUUCACUAUUUUUAUUUUUAUGAAAUUCACUGAGGAUGGUCCUCCCCUUCCUCCUCUGAAGAGCCUCCACUGCUGGAGGUAUAGACUAAACUCUGUUUGUGUUUCAGAUGACCUGGUGCUGGGGGAAGCCAAGCUCCAGCAGUACCUCAAGGAGAACCCCAUCAAGCAGGGGGCCAGCCCAAGGAGCCGAAGACCCCAGCUUGUGGAGGUCCGCAAGCACCUGACCGCUGCCCUGGACCGAGGGAACCUCAAGCCGGACUACAUGCAAGAGGCUAGUAUGUUGAUGGCCAAGAUGUCCUAUGUGGAGGGAGACUAUAGUGAGACGUUCAACCAGUAUGGCAAAGUGACCCUGGACGAGCUGGCACUGGUGGGAGCCCCCGUCUACCGUCUCUCCAUGAUUACCGAAGCAUACGCUACCAAAGGUCUGUGUCUAGAGAAAGUCCCGGUUGCAUCUCCGUCCCUUUCCAAUUAUAACGUGGACAAAGACCAGGAAGUGAUUACCUGCUAUGAGAAGUCUGGAGACAUUGCCUUGCUCUACCUACAGGAAGUAGAGAAGGCCCUUAGUGCGGGGUGGCAGAACCGCAGUCCAAAGCCAGAUCCAGUGGCCCAGGAGCAGGAGCUGGGAUACUUCCUGGAGACGGGACUUCAGAGGGCACAUGUCAUCCACUUCAAAAAUGGUAACCUGACCCAGGGAGUGGGCCGCUUCCGGGAGAUCCUCCGAGCUGUAGAGACCAGGACCACACAGAACCUACGAAUGAACAUAGCCAGACAGCUGGCAGAGAUCCUGCAGGGGAUGUGUGAGCAGAGCUACUGGUCUUCUCUGGAGGACCCUCCUAGCCAGUCCCACCUGGACGACCCCAUGCUACGCCAGAGCCCCUACACCAAGGACUACGCCCUCAGCCGCAGGCCACGCGUCUACUCCGGAGACAAUCUGUUUUGUCCACAGGAGAACACAGAGGAGGCUCUGCUCCUGUUGCUGAUUAGUGAAUCUAUGGCCAACAGAGAUGUGGUGUUGAGCAGGAUCCCAGCCCUGGGGCGACGGGGACAGUAUGAGAUGCUCUCUGAGUGUCUAGAGAGGGCCAUGAAGUUUGCCUUUGAGGCGUUCCAUCUCUGGUACCAGCUAGCCCUGUCACUGAUGGCUGCUGGGAAGUCGGCCAGGGUGGUGAAAGUAUUGAAGGAGUGUAUCCGUCUGAAGCCGGAUGACCCCACCAUCCCCUUACUAGCUAUCAAGCUGUGCAUUGGAGCACUCCAUUGGCUGGAGGAAGGAGAGUGUUUUGCUAAGAUGGUGGUGGACAUGGGGGAGAAGGCCUCAGAGUUCCGAGCUAAAGGUUACCUAGCCAUCGGCCUGGUGUACAGCCUCAAGGCCACAGACACUCCCCUAUGGGGGUUCCAGGAGGAGUAUCAGAAGAAGGCCCUGGGUGCGUUCCAGAGGGCCCAGAGCUUGUCCCCCACAGACGCCUUCUACCUGGCCCUGCAGCUGGCUGUGUCACGAUAGAUCCCGGAGGCGCUUGGGCACGUGCGUCAGGCUCUGCAGCUGCAGGGAGACGACGUGCACUCACUCCACCUGCUGGCCCUGUUGCUGUCGGCUCAGAAACACUACCACGACGCACUCAACAUCAUCGAGAUGGCCCUCAGCGAGUACCCUGAGAACUUCAUUCUGUUAUUCACCAAGGUGAAGCUGGAGACAUUGUGUCAAGGACCUGAGGAGGCUCUGCUCACCUGCAAACACAUGCUACAGAUCUGGAAGUCCUGUUACAACCUCACCAACCUCAGUGAUUCGGGUCGAGGCAGCAGCCUGUUCGACAGAGCCAUAGCAGACAGAAGGACGCUAAAUGCCAUGACGCUGCCUGACUUCAGUGACCCAGAGACAGGCUCAGUCCACGCCACAUCCAUGGUGGCGUCGCGGGUGGAACAGGCCCUGUCAGAGGUGGCCUCCUCCAUGCAGAGCAGCGCCCCCAAACAAGGACCCCUACACCCCUGGAUGACUCUGGCUCAGAUCUGGCUCCACGCAGGUAUAAUUUUUAUUUGUAUGUGUACAUUGGCGGAGGCUACGGCCUGUACACAGGAGGCUGCCAACCUGUUCCCCAUGUCCCACAACGUGCUGUUGACACGGGGCCAGGUGGCUGAGCUGCGGGGUAAUGUGGACGAGGCCAAACGCUGGUAUGAGGAGGCCCUAUCCAUCAGCCCCACCCACGUCAAGACCAUGCAGAGACUGGGUCUGAUCCUGCACCAGCUGCAGCGUUACAGCCUGGCAGAGAAGAUCCUUCGGGACGCGGUGCAGGUGAACUCCACUGCCCACGACGUGUGGAACAGCCUGGGGGAGGUGCUGCAGGCUCAGGGCCAUGCUGGCGUGGCUACGUGUUUCCUCACCGCCCUGGAGCUAGAGGCCUCCAGCCCCAUUCUGCCCUUCACCAUCAUACCACGACAACUCUGACCUGGGAGGGAGACGGACACACACACACACACACACACACACACAC